AUCAUUUCUAAUUAUAUAACUUUGUCAUGCACCAAAGAGGAUCCGAUCCUCUAACCACUCUUUGUUCUGCAGCCAUGGACGGAACCCACCAUCAUCGUCGCUCUCAACCACGACGAAGUUCUUCCUCAUCCUCUUCUUUUGCCACUUCAACAAGUUAUCGCAGGACCUCAUCAGUUCCAUCGGAGAUCACCGGGAAUUCAAGCUUUACCCCUUCUACCAGACCUGUCAACGCCGCUCGCUUUUCAGGCAUUUCCGAUUCAAUCUCUGAACGGAAACCUGGAUUCAAACAAAAACCAGAUAUACUAGUAGAAGAAAAAAAAUCAACUUGUGUUUCUUGUAUAGUUGGAACCUGCCCCUUUAUGUGCCCAGAGGGUGAAAGGCUCCAACGCGAGCGGCUGGGGGAUCUGUCUGUGUUUGAGAGGUUGAACGGGAAUCCGAGGAAAACAUCAGAAGACCUGGCUAUCAAAAAGUUCUGCAGAAAUAUAUCAGCCAAGCAUAUACAGCUUUCAGAUGUGCGGCCUCUCCCAGUACUGGAGAAAACUAUUAGCUACCUUUUAGGGUUUCUGGAUUCUGAGGAACAUCCUUUUGAAGUGAUUCAUGAGUUCAUCUUUGAUAGGACAAGAUCCAUAAGGCAGGAUCUUAGCAUGCAGAAUAUUGUUAAUGAUAAAGCAAUCUAUAUGUAUGAGGAAAUGGUAUUUUUCUCAUAUAAUUGCCUUUCUUUCUUUUCUAAAACAGAAAGUACAUCUUGGAAAAAAAGUAGACUACAUUAUCUGCAGGGGGAGUCACUCAAUUUGUGGUUUCGUCAUUUGCCUUCUUCAAUUAUGAAGUCCAAAGAAAUGUGUUUUGCCCGGAAAGUUUUACGAUUGUACAGGAUGGGUAACUAUAAGCAAUUUUUCUGUAUUAUAGCUUCUGAGGCAUCAUAUUUACAGUCCUGCAUUGUUGAAUCAUACAUAAACGAGUUUCGGGUGCUGGCCAUGUCAUGUAUAAACGGUGUUGGCUAUAAACUUCAUCCAUAUCCUCUCACACAGCUAUCCAAGCUCUUAAUGAUGCAUGAAUCAGAUGUGGAAUCCUUUUGUGGUGCAUGUGGUCUUGAGACAUGCAAUGAUGAUGCUGGAAACAAAUUUUUACCCAUGAAGCAAACAACUUUUCACCAUCCAAAGGAAGUAGUUUCUAUCCAAGCUNNNAGAAUCUAUCUUAAAUGUAUAAAUCUAUAUUAG